AUGGAGCAUGAGGCGCAUGCUGGUCUUGGAGCUACCUGGCCUAGGCUGGAGCAGACGUGCGCCCAAGGGAAAGCAUGGAAGAGCCGAGCCCAAGGCAGAAGGAUGGAGGCGCUGGGCUUCAGAGCAGAGGCAUUGAGCGCUGGGCCUUGUACGCGACACAGGCUUGCACUAGGCAAGCAGACCACAUGCGCUGGGCUAGACCACAUGCGCUGGGCUAGACCACAAGUUCGCAUCUACAAGGUCAAGCUAUUUGACAGUCUUAGUCAAGGACGGUGGGAGGGCGACGUUGGUGACGGCCCACUUGUUCCCAUCACCUAUUGCGAUGUGAACAAUAUCAGCAAGCAAUUGGCGCUUGGGCCUAACAUGCCUAAGGUCCGUCGUGCUUUGAACAUCCCCCGAAAGUUUCGUGAGUGGCACUGGCUGUUGAGUGAGCAUCGGGAGGAAGACAGUGGUCUGCCCCCUACCGAGGAUGUCGAGAGAUGGAAGCAGAAUGGUCCGGACCCUGAUGAUCUAUCCGCUGAACAUGAGGAUGCUCUGUUGAACAAGAGGAGUGCUCUGCUAACCCCCAUAAAAAAGGAAGGCUAA